AUGGACGCGUUUGACUUCCUGGAGACGCUCCCACCAGCUACGCUAGAACGUCUGUAUGCGGAUCCAUGGGCAUGUCAGGCUAUCUUUCAAGCGCUACCUCCUCUUUCACAGCAAUUUGUCAUGCGUUUACUUCCUACGAAUAUUACAGCACCUUGUGCACUAUUGGAACAAUGGGUUAUUCCUGAACCUGGCAAUGGAAAGCGUAUGCCACCUCAAUUUCACGUUGCAUUACACAAACUAGAAGGACUUCGGGUAUUUAUAAAGCAGAAUGAUGGAUAUAAACCGCAUCCGAUAUUCCAAAAGCAGCUGAUGUAUGCACUGAGUAAUCUGGGUGGAUCACCUUGGGAGCGUGGUCGACUUCAUCUUUCAAAGGAUUUGGAAAACACGUUUGCUGCGGCGGAUUUAGAGCGAUAUGCUCGAGCAAGAUGGGACUCGGUGCUUCACUAUAUGGUAGGAUCGACGGCUGUUCAGGAGCCGCCACAGUCGGUGGUGGAUAUUUUGCUUCGUACUAGACUGCUUCAAUCUAGUGGGGCCGACUCAAGAGCACUUCAUAUAACCGAUACGGGCUAUGAGUUUAUGCUGAAGGACAUUCACGUGCAGAUGUGGAUCUUUAUGUUAGAGUACAUCCGGACACUGGAUAACACGGGCACGCUGAAACAGGAAGAUAUUUUACAGUUUUUAUUCCAGAUCAGCUAUUGCCAAACGGGAGAAUACUAUGCAGUGGCUGAUCUUACGGAGACACAACGACUAUUAUUAGGUGAUUUUAUUGACUUUGGGCUGCUAUAUCGUAAAAGCUUGAACUCAGAUCGCUUUUAUACGACGAGUUUAGCUGUAAAUUUAAUUUUCGGUGGAUCUACAGGUCAAAAACGUAGCCAUGUAAGCCUCACGACCUCAUUUGCUGGUGUUCGUGCUGGAAUGAAGUCGCAGAUGGCAGAUCUACGCCGAGCUCCAGCAGUUGAUCAUGGUGCCCAGUUACUUGUGGUGGCGGAGACAAACUUUAAAAUUUAUGCGUACACUACGUCAACCCUUCACGUCGCCAUGCUCAGUGUCUUUGUCGAUAUCGUGGCCAGACUGCCAAAUUUGGCAAUUGGCUUUAUCACUCGCGAAAGUUUGCGCUCAGCUCUCAUCCACGGCAUCUCGGCGCAACAAAUUUACGAUUUUUUGAUGAAACAUGCGCAUCCAAAGAUGCGCCACAACACUCCUGUCAUUCCAGAGAACAUUGCGGAUCAGAUUUAUUUGUGGGAACGUGAGCGCAAUCGUGUGCAGUUUAUUGGAGGAAUUCUAUUUGACGGGUUUAAUACCAAAGAAGACUAUGAAAGUGUCCGGGACUAUGCGAAAGGCCUCAAGGUGCUUACAUGGUCGGAUCCAAUUCACUUUAGGAUGUCGAUUGCGAGUGCAGGCAUUGACGAUGUACGUCAUUAUAUCCAGAGUCAGCUUUCUUUGUAA